AGUGCUGUCGCCGCUCGGCGUCCAUGCCCGCCCUCCGCCCGGCCGCUGAGGUGAUCCCUUCCGGGCUUCGAGGACCAGGCCAGAGCCCGGCGCCCGCCAGUCAUGGAGGCCGCGCACAAAUCCAAGGGGAGGCUGCUGGUCUCCAACGCCUUGGACGCCAAGGACGAGUUGGAGGAGAAGCUGGAGAGAUGUUUGAAUGUUGUAUCCCCGAUGAUCAAUGGCGUAUCGGAGAGAGAGGCAAAUGAUGCACUGAAUGCUCACGUGUGCAAAGGGGCCCAGCAGCAUGAGGAAGUGUGUUUGGGACUUCUAACGAUGAUUCUAGUGGAGCCUCUGCAGGCGCAAAGGUGUUACCGGGAUCUGACGCUGGUGAGCAGAGACGGCAUGAACCUAAUUUUAAUCAAAAUUAACCAGCUCCUCAUGGAAAAGUAUCUGAAGCUUCAGGACACCGUCAGAAUACAGUUGGUAUGGCUGGUGCGAGAGAUAGUGAAGAAUGCGGUCCUGGGUGCAGAUGGUGUGUGUAUGACACUCAUGAAACAAAUUGCUGGAGGGGAUGUGACUCCAAAAAACAUCUGGCUGGCAGAAAGUGUCCUUGAUAUCCUAGUAGAGCAAAGGGAGUGGGUGAUGAAGAGCAACAUGCUGAUCGCCAUGAUCAUUUACACGAACCUACGCCUGAUUGUGGAUCACCACGGCACCCCCCAGCUCCAGUCCCUGCGGCAGAAAGAGGUGGACUUCUGCAUGACGCUGCUCCGCGAAAAAGCUUUGCCCCUGGUACCACCUCCUGCAGCUUUGGUGGACCACAGACCAUUUAUGGACUGUACGAUGAUUGGCCGGGAUCUAGUCCGCCUACUUCAGAACGUCGCCCGGAUCCCAGAGUUUGAGAAGUUAUGGAGGGACAUUCUGCACAGUCCGCAGGCCCUCAACCCCAACUCAACUGGUAUUCUGCAACUUUUACAGACCCGGACUUCUAGGAAGUUCCUGGCAUGUCGCAUGACGCCUGACAUGGAAACCAAAUUGCUGUUCAUGACCUCCAGGGUGCGGUUUGGGCAGCAGAAGCGGUACCAGGACUGGUUCCAGCGGCAGAACCUCUCAACUCCCGACAGCCAGUCACUGCGCUGCGACCUGAUCAGGUACAUCUGUGGGGUCGUCCAUCCGUCCAACGAGGUGCUGAGCUCCGACAUCCUGCCCCGGUGGGCCAUCAUCGGCUGGCUUCUCACCACGUGCACCUCCAAUGUUGCAGCUUCUAACGCCAAGCUUGCCUUGUUCUACAACUGGCUCUUCUUCAAUCCAGAAAAGGACAGCAUCAUGAACAUCGAGCCUGCUAUUCUUGUGAUGCAUCAUUCCAUGAAGCCUCAUCCAGCAAUCACUGCCACACUGCUGGACUUCAUCUGUGGAAUUAUUCCGCACUUCUACCCCCCGCUGGAGUCCCACGUGAGGCAGGGUGUCUUCAACUCGCUCAAUCACAUCGUGGAAAAGAGAGUGCUGGCGUAAGCCCUUGGCUCCCUGUUCGACAACCCAAAGCUGGAUAAAGAGUUGCGGGCCAUGAUCCGUGAGAAAUUUCCAGAGUUCUGCAGCUCGCCCUCACCACCUGUGGAAGUUAAAAUCGAAGAAUCUGUUGCCAUGGAUAUGGAUAACCACGUCACUGACAAGGACCGAGAGGAGAAUUGCUAUGACAACACGGAUGCUGCCUUCAGCGAUGACGAGGAGGAGCUGAACAGUAAAGGGAAGAAGCGUGAAUUCCGGUUUCAUCCAAUCAAAGAAGCCAUCGUGGAGGAGCCGGUCAAUAUCACACCCUACCUGGACCAACUAGACGAAGCGCUGCGGGAAAAAGUGCUACUCAUUCAGAAGGGACGAGAGGAAGAUAAUGACAACUAUCGCACUGACACGGAGAUUCAGUGUGAAAUAAUGCAGGAAAUUGUGGAUAUGAUACUGGAGGACGACUUUGAUUCAGAACUCAUGGUGACAUUGGCUUCUUGCCUAGUUGAAUUGUUCAAGGGACACUUCAGGGGAGAAGUGCUACCUGAGGAGAUCACAGAGGAGUCUCUGGAGGAGUCUGUGGGAAAGCCACUCUACGUAACCUUCAGGAAUCUGUGCCAAAUGCAGGAAGACAACAGCAGCUUCUCUUUGCUCCUGGAACUCUUAUCCGAACUAUACCAGAAGCAGCCGAAGAUCGGUUACCACCUCCUCUACUAUCUGCGAGCCAGUAAAGCAGCAGCGGGGAAGAUGAGGUUGUACGAGUCGUUUGCGCAGGCCACACAGCUUGGGGACCUUCAUACCUGCCUAAUGAUGGACAUGAAGGCGUGUCAGGAGGACGACAUUCGGCUGCUCUGCUACCUAACCCCAACGAUCUACACAUCGUUUCCUGAUGAGACUCUGCGGAGCAGCGAGCUCCUCAACAUGAUCGUUGCUGUCAUCGACUCUGCGCAGCUGCAGGAGUUGGUAUGUCACAUCAUGAUGGGGAACCUGGUGAUGUUUCGGAAGGAUUCUGUUCUCAACAUCCUGAUCCAGAGCCUUGACUGGGAGACGUUCGAGCAGUACUGCACGUGGCAGCUCUUCCUCGCCCACAACAUUCCCCUGGAGCUCAUUGUGCCCAUCCUCCAACACGUCAAGUACAAAGAACACCCCGAGGCCCUCUCAUGUUUGCUGCUGCAGCUCAGGAAGGAGAGCCCCUCUAGGAAAAUGGUAAAGAUGGUGAUGAGUCGACCGUGCCACGCCGACGACCACUUCACCACCAGCAUCCUGCGCCAGUGGUCUAUGAAGUACGACGACUCGCUGGCGGAACAGAUCAAAGCCCUCCUCAUCAAGAACAACAGCCUGCCCCGGAAAAGGCAGAGCCUGCGGAGUUCCAGCAGCAAACUGGCCCAGCUCACCCUGGAGCAGAUCCUGGAACAUCUGGCCAACCUGCGACUCUGCCUCCUCCCCACCAAGCAGAACUUCUUCGCCCAGACGCCGAUUCUCCAGGCUCUGCAGCACGUGCAGGCAAGCUGUGACGAGGCGCACAAGAUGAAGUUCAGUGACCUGUUCGCCUUGGCUGAUGACUACGAGGACUCCAGCAAACCGUCCCGGAGUCGGCGGAAGACGGCCGCCUCCAGCCCCCGGAGCAGGAAGAACGCCUCGCAGCCCAUCGGCAACGACGAGGACUCCUCCUCCAGUAGCGGAUCGGAGGAGGAGGAUGCAAAACCCAAGCCAAAAAGGAAAAGGAAAUGUUCAUCAGCCGUUGGUUCUGACAGCGACUGAGUGUGAGAUUACCUGCGUGAGAGACAGACAGAGAGAGAGAGGGGCGGGGAACGGUUCCAUCCACAGUGCCGAUUCCACAAUUCAAUCCUCGCCACUGGAAUUUUUUUUUUAAAAAAGAAAAAAAAAUCAACCACACACAGACUCACACGUGAGAGCGACUGUCUCGCUGCACCGUGUCCACAGACAACCGGACAGAGGAGAGAGGGGCAGAGAAAAACGGGCACAGAGGCACGGAGACUGACGCCAGCAGUGUCGGCGGGAGUUGGCUGGAACUUCGAUUCAGAGCGUGUGAGAGAGAGAGAGAGAGAGAAAUGAGACAGUUAAUCAGGAAACAAGAACUUGCAAAAAAAAAACGUCUCAACGGUGCAAGAGACAGUCUUGGAUUCUUAAAAGUCACCAGAGUUUUUAAAAAGGGUUUAUAUUCGAAGCAUCCUAUUUUCUUAAAAAAAAUGUAAAUAAAUAAACUACGUCUUAUAA